AGGUUUAUGUUUCUCUGAUGCGCAUAUCAAUUUAUAUAUGUACUUAUUGCACCUUAUUAUCUGUUUACACGUAAUACGAAGAAGUGUCCGCAAUCGACGAGCAAAUUUUGAACGAAUGUGAUCGAUAUCCCCGAAGAGAUAUUGCGAUAGGAUUUUUGUCUUUUUGUCGAGCGUCUCAAGAUUUUAUUACGAACAUAGGUUGAGCAAUUAGUCUUUGCGUGUCAAUAUAAUAUAAACUAAUAAACAACACAGAUAUACCACUCGUUGAGGAGAGAGGAGCAGUUUGUACUCUAAAAAAUUGCUUUUUUGAAAGAGUUGUAUUUUUGACAUUUUUUCGUCCUAAUGGCACUCGCAGGACCCGAUUUACCGCCAACUCCUCUUACUAUGAAAAAUAUUCAACAAUAUUUGACAAUUGCGUCAAAACAUGACCAGCGAGAUAGUGUUGUCAGUUACUGGUGUCGCCUUUACGCCCUUCAAACUGGAUUAAAGCUAACAACCAAAACGCAAGAAGAAACGAAUUUUUUACUGAAAUUAAUGGACUGGUUGGAAGCGACAAAGAAAGCGCUACACGAUAACGAAGCUAUCACUAAUGAUGUGGCUGCUCAAGCACACUUGGAGAAUUGGGCCUUAAAACUGUUUUUAUAUGCUGAUAAGAAUGAUAGAGCUGCAAACUUUUCUAAGAACGUAGUGCAAAGUUUUUAUACUGCUCAGGUAUUGUACGAUGUGUUAACACUCUUUGGAGAACUAAGCGUAGAAGCUGCACAGAAUCGCAAGUAUGCGCAAUGGAAAGCAGCUUAUAUUCACAAUUGUUUGGCAACUGGAGAGACUCCAGUGCCAGGACCGAUGAAAGAAGAUGAUGAGAAUGAACCAGAUGAAGCAUCAAAUAAUUUUGAUGACAAUUCGGAAACAAACAAAGCACAUUCUAUUGACAGUCCCAAGGAUGAGGAAUCACAAAACAUUCCACUUGUUCCUUCAAAUCCACCAGUUUUAAGAACACAGUCACAUGAUUCCCAAGAUGAUACUUCGUAUAAGACAGAAGGUGGUGCUAAUUUAUCGAUUGAACAAAUUGGCAAGGCUCAAAAGUUCAUCAAGUGGGCGGGUAGUGCACUAGAUUAUGACGACGUACCGACUUCUAUAAUGAACCUUCAGAAAGCUUUACAUCUUUUGACUACGGGACAAGAACUCGCGUAGAUCCUUGAAACAAGUUAACAUGUUCAGUAACACAGCUUAUUUGCAAAUGAUUGUGCUAGAUACAUUAUCUGUUUCACAUGGCCAGUAAAAUACUUUUAUUAAUAUUCACACAAAGCUUUUGUAAAUUGUGACUAAGAACAGUAGGAAAGAAUGAGAAAAUAAUGGAUAGAAAAAA